AAUUAAUUGUCUUCUGUUGGUUUGCAUGAAGUUUAAACCACAAUCAAUAGUCGCCUACACAUACUUGCGAACCCCUUUCCACAUACUUUACCCUUAUUUCCAGCCGCAAGCGUACUAGCAAACCAUGCCGCUCCCUUACAAUCGUCCAUGGCUAAUGGAAUUUGCCGACCAACAAUGGUUUCCACCAUACCUCCGGAUUCCUGUGUACGAAAUGCUCACUUAUAUAUGGACACAUCGCAUACCGCUCUUGCAAUCUAAAGCUCCUUAUGAACGUGCAGCACAAGUUUUAGAGACAAUUAUUGAGAAUGCAAAUAGCGAGAGCGGACGACCUGGCAGUUCUCCAGGAAACGAUGAUGUUCGAGUGGUGGACUUUGGAAGCGGUGCGGGGGGCCCACUGGGAAAGAUCGAAAGGUGGAUCAAUCGCCGCCGCAACGACAGUUCUAAACCGCCCAUUCCCUUCUACCUAACGGAUCUCUAUCCCAUGCCUCAACCAACACUGUCAAACUCAUCUCCAUCUUCGUCAUCGCUUGUUUAUAUCCCAGAAUCUGUGGAUGCUCUUCGGGCACCUACGAGCGUGACCUCUAGACGGCAUUUACGAACAUUCUUCCUCAGUUUUCAUCAUUUCAAUGAAGAGCAGGCAAGAGAAGUCAUUGUUGAUGCUAUGAGAAGUGCUGAAGGAAUAUGUAUAUUCGAGCUUCAAGAAUGUAACUUUGGAAGCGCUAUGAUGAUUCUGUUGCUGGCACCUUUAACAUGGAUCUUUAUUCCCUUUCAACGUCCCAAUCUCAGAACUCUCAUCUUCACCUACCUCAUCCCUCUCAUUCCUUUUAUCCUCGUCCUCGACGGUCUGAUAUCCGUCUAUCGCACACGGUCGCCAUCCCAUAUCCUGCACCUCGCCAACCUGGCCAACUUGAGCCUUGCAUUGGAAGGUGAAGAUAAAGUGCUUGGGGAUAUGGAUUGGAAAUGGGAACAUGGUGCUGAAAGACAUACAUGGCCAUUUGGCCAGCUUGUGUGGGUAGUUGGGAGGAGAGAUUGGAGUGAGAAUAAUGGGAAUGUGACGGAGACGGAGACCGAAGAAGAUUCCCACUCGGAAGCCGAACAUGGGACAUAGUGUGAUAACAUGCUGUGUCAGACAACUAUUUGUAAUAUUUUCACGACCCUUUACAAAGGUCGCAGAGACAUAGUCACACACGGAUUAUAUCAAAGCGGAAGGAGGCUAUCGUUAUGUCAUAACUACGUUCCAUGUAUCCACAUGA